AAACAAUAUAAUAGUGAAAAGAGUAAAGAGAAUAUACAGAGUGUGUUGACACUUGACAACCUGGUUCUAGUGUGAGAGACAGCUAUACAGUGUUCCCCACUUUGUGAUGAUUAUAUGUGUGAGUGUUUUUCUUCAACAAAUGAUCUGAAACUUUUGAAGUUUGAACCCUGUCCACUACUUUUUUUUGUUCUCCUCCCUUCUGGAUCUUCUUUCAUGGCUUCUGAUUCUCAGACCGCAACUGCAACUAUUUCUGAAAAGCCACUGGAGACCAAGGUGAACGACGAGGCUAAGUUGAUGGAGAAAGAGAUUGUUUUGUCAGAAACUGUGGAUGUGGUGAAAGAUAAACCGGUUUCAGAUUCAAACCUGACGAUUGAGGAGGAGAAGACUGUUCAGACUCCUGCUGGUGUACCGGAGAAAGAGAUACCUGCAGAUGUGGAGGAGGCUGCAGAAGUGGUGAAAGCAGAUGAAUCUAAUGAUAAGGGGAAAGAUGAGAAUGGUGAGGAGAAGGUAGCUGAACAAGUGGGACUUGAAGAACCAACCCUUGUGAAAGAGGUUGUUGCAGUGGUUAAUGUCCAAGCAGAUGAUGUGGAGAAAGCAGAAGAAGGGAAAGGAAAAGAUGAGAAUGGUGAGGAGAAAGUAGCUGAACAAGUGGAGCUUAAAGAACCAACCCUUGUGAAAGAGAGUGUUGAAGAAGUUAAGAUUGAAGCAGAAGAGAAGCUAGCCGUGGAGAGUGUUGCUGAAGAAGACAACAAUGAUACGGAGGAGGAGAAGAAGAUGGUUCAUGUUUCUGAAUCAACAGAUGAAGCCGUAGCCAAACAGGUGGAACCAGUUGAUGUUCAUCUUGUAAGAGAAGUAUCUGAAGAGACUGUGGAAGACAAAGUCAAAGAUGCUGAGGUUCUUGAAGUCGAGCCAAAAGUUGAAGUAGUAAGAACAGAAGAACCAACAGUACAAGCUGAGGUUGAGCUUGAGGGGAAGCUGGAGGAUAGCACUGUUGAGACCAAAGACUCCAAGGAUGAACAGACUUCUGAAUCUGGUUCUUCUUUGUGUCCUAAGGAAACUGUAACAAUAAACCAAGAUUCAGACACUGCCACCAAGAUUCAGACUGAUGGAGACGCUUCCUCUCCUCCUGAUGUCAUUGAGAAGCCCAUUACUGAAGAGAAGCAAGUGGUGGAAGAACCAUCAAAGGAUGAAAAAGAGAAAGUGAGUGAAGAAGCCAAAGCUACAGAAGAUGAGAACAUCAAAAAGGACACUGAAACACCUGCUGCAGAUGUCCAGAGCGAAGAGACUUUGAAAGAAACUGAAGGAACCAAACAAGAGGAAUCAAUCACAGAGAAAGUACCAGAGGUUGCAGAAACAGCAACUGUUGCUAAAGAGAUCGAAGAGCCAAAGCCACAACCAGAAGUCACAACCAAAGAAGAAGUUGUUAAGCCAAAACAUUCAAACAGCAUUAUGUCAAAGGUGAAGCAGUCUCUUGUCAAGGCAAAGAAAGCAAUCAUUGGGAAGUCUCCAAGCUCUAAGACUAUCACAACUGAAGAAACCAAAGAAGAGAUCAUAGCCAAGUGAUGGGUUCCUUUGAAGUCUUUCAAGUGUUUAUUUAUUUAUUUUGUUGGUUUUGUUUCGUGUGGGAGAAGAAAGCAGAACAUUCUUUUCAUUGUUGUAUGGCUUUGUGUGGUUAUAAGUUAAUAUCUGUAAUCAAACAAAGAUUUGGCUUUGUGUUAUGGAUGUGUGUUGAGACA